CGAAAUGAAACAAGGGUUUGACGGCGAAAUCCCAGAACCGGAGCUAUUUGUUGUUUUUACUGGAGCAGAGAGCAGCUUCGAGUUGCUGCCCUCAAAGUUUGAACAUUUAAAUGGCCUUCCAUGGGAUUAGAGAAGUGGAGAACUUUUUCGUACCUCUUCUACAGAGAUUCAAAAGCCGAGGCGAAUGGAAGCAAAUCCACGCCUCCAUCAUCACACACGGCCUAUCUCAGAGCAGCUUCAUAGUCACCAAAAUGGUUGAUCUCUGCGAUAAGAUUGGAGACAUGGAUUACGCCACUCUUCUUUUCAACCAAGUCUCAAACCCUAAUGUCUUCCUUUACAACUCCAUCAUUCGAGCUUAUACCCACAACUCCUUGUAUCGCCACGUGGUACGAAUCUACAACCAAAUGCUCAUGAAUAGCCUUGAACUUCCAGAUCGGUUCACUUUCCCUUUCAUGUUUAAAUCUUGUGCAAGCCUUGGAAUGUGUUACUUAGGGAAGCAAGUUCACGGGCAUCUCUGCAAAUUCGGACCCAAGUUCCAUGUCGUGACAGAGAAUGCUCUCAUUGAUAUGUACAUGAAGUUUGAUGGUCUUGACGACGCACAUAAAGUGUUCGAUGAAAUGUCUGAGAGAGAUGUUAUAUCGUGGAACAGUCUUCUUUCUGGGCACGCCCGGCUUGGGCAGAUGAAGAAAGCAAAGACAUUGUUUGAUUCCAUGCCGGAGAAAACAAUAGUGUCGUGGACUGCGAUGAUCUCGGGUUACACAGGGGUUGGAUGUUAUGCUGAAGCCAUGGAGUUCUUCCGUGAAAUGCAGUUAGCUGGUAUUGAGCCUGAUGAGAUCAGUCUCAUCUCUGUUUUACCUUCGUGUGCUCAUCUCGGGUCUCUAGAGCUUGGGAAGUGGAUCCAUAUGUACGCAGAGAGAAAGGGGUUUCUGAAGCAAACUGGUGUCUGCAAUGCUCUUAUUGAGAUGUACUCGAAAUGUGGUACAAUUAGUCAAGCUAUCCAGUUGUUUAACCAAAUGAAGGGGAAAGAUGUUAUAUCCUGGAGUACGAUGAUCUCAGGGUAUGCACAUCACGGCAACGCUCAAGGAGCAAUCAAGACAUUCGAUGAAAUGCAGAGAGGGAAGGUGAAACCUAACGGGAUCACGUUUCUUGGUCUUUUAUCGGCUUGUUCACAUGUUGGGUUGUGGCAACAAGGUUUGAAAUAUUUUGAUAUGAUGAGGGAGGAUUAUCAAAUAGAACCCAAGAUUGAGCACUACGGUUGUUUGAUCGAUGUUUUGGCCAGAGCAGGGGAACUGGAACGAGCUGUAGAAAUAAUAAAGACGAUGCCGAUGAAACCUGACUCAAAGAUUUGGGGGUCGUUGUUAAGCUCUUGCAGAACACGAAGCAAUCUUGAUGUUGCUCUGCUCGCAAUGGACCAUCUUGUUGAGCUAGAGCCUGAGGAUAUGGGGAACUAUGUUCUGCUUUCCAAUAUUUAUGCAGAUUUGGGGAAAUGGGAAGAGGUUUCGAGAUUGAGGAAGCUGAUAAGGAACGGAAAUAUGAAGAGGACACCAGGUUGUAGCUUGAUAGAAGUGGACAAUGUUGUUCAAGAGUUUGUCGCGGGAGAUGAUCGCAAACCCUUCUGGACUGAAAUCUGUUCAGUGUUGCAACUGUUUUCCGCACAUCAGGAUCAGGAUGUGAUUAAAAACAACAGUACUCUUGCAUUUAUAGGAAUGGUGUAG